AUGAAUCAAACAAUUGUUGUUGGAUCUGGAUUAGCUGGUUUAACUUCUACUUUAUCAUUACUACAGAGAAAUCAAAAAGUUAUAUUAAUUGAAAAAACAAAUAAAUUAGGUGGAAAUUCAAUAAAAGCAAGUUCAGGAAUAAAUGGUGUACCAACAAGUUAUCAAAAUAAUAAUGGUGAUACUGUUGAAUUUUUUAAACAAGAUUCAAUAAAUUCAGGUAAAGGGUUAUCUAACCCUGAAUUAGUUUCUAAAUUAACUUCAAAAUCUCGCAGUGCAAUUGAAUGGUUAACUAAUGAUUUGGGAAUUGAUUUAUCUAUUGUUACUCAAUUAGGUGGUCAUUCUUAUCCUAGAGCUCAUAGAGGUUCUGGAAAAUUACCACCUGGAUUUGCUAUUGUACUGGCCUUAAUAAAAAAAAUCGAAGAAUAUCAACCUAAUGUUACGAUAUUAAAACAAAGCAAGUUGAUUGAAAUUUUGAAAAGUGAAAAAGAUAAUGAAGUAAUUGGAAUUAAAUAUACCAAUGAAUUAAAUGAAACUAAAACAAUUUAUUGUAAUAAUUUAAUCUUAGCAACAGGUGGAUUUUCAGCAGACACUGAAAAUUCUUCAUUAAUUUCAAAGUAUAGACCAGAUUUAAUAAAUUUCCCAUCAUCAAAUGGUCAACAAACUACAGGUGAUGGUAUUAAAAUUGCAGAAAAAGAUUUAAAUGUAAAAUUAAUUCAUAUGAAUAAAAUUCAAAUUCAUCCAACUGGGUUUUUAAAUGUUGGUGAACCUAAUUUAAAUUGGAAAAUUUUAUGUGGUGAAUUAAUGAGAGGAAUUGGUGGAAUUUUGUUGAAUUUGAAAAAUGGUAAUAGAUUUAUAAAUGAAUUAGAAACAAGAGAUGUUGUAACUGAUUCAAUUUUAAAAAAUUGUAAAAUUGAUAAAGAAUCAAAUGAAUUAGGUUUAGUUAAAGAUACUUAUAUUUCAGUAUUAGUAAUUAGUGAUAAAGAUUAUCCUAAAGCCCAUAAUCAUAUUGAUUUUUAUUUAUCCCAGGAUCUAUUACAGAAGGGAAAUCUUAAUAAUUUAUUAAAUUUAAUGAAAAAAGUAAAUCCUAAAUUAUCAUUAUUACCAGAAGAUUUAAAAGAUAUUUUUAAUAAUAUAAACACCAUCAUAAAGGGAGAUAAACAAGAUCCAUUAGGUAGAAAAUCAUUUGGAAAUCAAUUUUUAGAUCAAUUGAUUUAUUUUGGAUUAACUACUCCUGUAUUACAUUAUUCAAUGGGUGGUAUUGAAAUUGUCAAUAAUCAAAGAGUUUUACAAAAAAAUGGUAAAGUAUUUAAAAAUUUAUAUGCUAUUGGUGAAGUUAGUGGUGGAUUACAUGGUGAAAAUAGAUUAGGUGGUAAUUCUUUAUUAGAAUGUGUUGUCUUUGGUAGAGAAGUAUCUGAUCAUAUUGUAGAAGAUAGUGUAUAG